AUGAGCAGCUUCGAAGACAAGGAGGACUACGAAGACUUUUUCAGCACCGAGCUGUUCGUGAACCGCGAUUAUACGACACAAGAGUUCGACUUUGGCGUGACCAAGCAAAAGCUGCUGUGCUCUCACGCUGCUUCAACGGAUCACGAUCUCACAGGUCAAGUGGUGUGGCCAGUCUCAGCUUUUCUAGCAUGGUACCUCGUCGCUCACCGUGAAGAACUUGCUGGCAAGACGGUGGUGGAACUAGGCGCUGGCGCAGGCCUUAGUGGACUUCUCGCUUCUCAGUUUGCAGCGCACACUGCUUUGACGGACGGCAACGACAUCGUGCUGGAGCUACUGAAAGAAAACGCCGAGACAAACGCCGAUUCGAGCAAAGUGCAGGUGCUGCCGCUGCUGUGGGGCGAAGCCGCGAGCGUCGAAGCUUUCGAGCGCGCAUUCCCCCACCCGGUAGACGUGCUCAUUGGCGCCGACGUCGUGUGCUGGCCAAACCUUGUCAAGCCCAUUCUGCAGACGAUCAAGUACUUGCUGUUGCGCUCUUGCAAUCCGCUGAGGGCCAAGUUCUGCUGCGGGUUCGUGUGCCGUGCACAGUCGACGGCAGAUUUGCUUUUCAAAGAGGCAGCAGCAUUCGGGUUCCGGUUCGAGCGCGUCCAAGACGACGUCUUCCUCCCUUCGCCGCGGCCGGUUGACGUGACUUCGAAGCGUGCAUUGCAGCUGAUCGUGUUCGCGCUUGAUGCGCACAAGGCUAACUGGAACGAGCCCGUGACAUUUGAUGACGGGGAACUGAAGAACCUGCAGACUGCUUGCUAG